GUUUAUAUAUUUCCUAUAUUUCUGAAUUCUAUUCACUUAGUAAAUAUUAUUAAUAUUAGCAUGUUAAACGAUUACUAACAUUGUAAAAUGUCAUUUAAUAUUAAUAUUAAUAAGAUGAGCUUUAAUGGACGAAGUUAUGCAGACCGAGCUGAAGCUGAAAAGCGUAAAAUCAAUCGAAUACUAUCUGUCAGAGAACAGUCCAGUGAAUUAGCACAAAAGCUAUUAAAAAAAACACGAAGUGCGAAAGAGCAAGAGCUCAAAAAGCUACAGCAUAUAAAAGUAAAGGAACUUGGUGAAUUGAAGAAAAAAACACAAUGUGAAAUUCAGAAACAAAUAGAUGAUUGUGUUGAAAAUUUUGGUGAUGCUCAUAUUGCAGCAGUUGAUGCUAGUUGCGAAGAAGACGAGUUUCUUAGAGACAGAAAGGACGAGCAAGAUCUAAUGGCAGCAAUGCGAGGUCGUGUAUCUAUGUUAAAAGUUCAAAGAGAACGUGAACGUGAAUUAGAGAAUAAGCUAUUGAAAAAGAAACGUCAGCAGCAAAAAACAAUUGGGAUACAAGCUGACUUUCUUUCACAACGAAGGUUUAGUGAGAAUUUAAUCAAUAAACAGAAGAAAGCUGAAUCGGACGUUUCUGAAGAAGAAGAAACAAAUUUUAAUGUUAAACCAAACCUUCACAAACAUUCCCAACAAUAUAAUCCACAAAACUACACAUCCAACUCUGUUGAUUCAUCGAAUAAUUGUGACUCUGAAAGUGAGAGCAUAGCUGAACUAGAACAAGACGAAUCUGUAAGAGAUAAUGACGAAUCUGAAGUAGAAUUCAAUCAAAUCUCAAAUUUGCUGAGGCAUAGAUUGCACAAUAAUCGUGAAAAUAUUCAAAUUAAUGAAAUUGUGGAUGUUGGAUCAUCUGAUAGUGAAUCAAUUAGUUAUAGCGUGGUACUACCUAAGAAAGUGACUAUAAAAACAUCUCCAAUUAAGAAAAAGAAAGGAAUUUUAAAACAAUCACCAGCAAAAAUUACAAUUAAUAAAAAGUUAAGUUCCCCAGUCAAAAGAAAAAAAGAGCAGUCAUCCGAUAAUCGUGUAAGAUAUGUGGAUUUUGGGAAUAAAUAUGAAACAACAUAUGUGCCCGAUAAGAAUUUAAUUGUACGAAAUGAAAAGUCAAAAACAAAUGCACGACAAAAUGCUCAAAUGCAAACAGAUGACGAUGUAAUUACGAAAAAAAUAAAUGAAGAUAUUCUAAAGAAACUCACUGAUUUGCGUUCUCAAGAAGCAUUGGAAAAGGAGAAAAUCAGGAGGGAUUAUGACAGAUUAAGACUCGAAUUGGAUGAAUUGAGUAAACAGGAACAAGAGGCUAAAUCAAGAGCUAAUAUGCAUACGAAUCUUUCAAGAGAUCAACUUUUAAGGAAGGAAGAAACUCGCCAACGCAAAAUGAAUGAAGCUGCUGAAAAUGCAAUGAAAAAGAAUAUCAUCACGUGUCCACCUGUUGAUCAACAUGAAAAAUCUAUGAAACAAAAACUGAGUGAGAUAAAUGUUGCUGUGCCAUCAUUAAACAGUAGAGAUGUUACAGAUAAAGACAAAUCAGCAAAGAUUAAAUUAACAAGAUCAAAUAGUGAGAUUAAUAAUUUAGUGAAGGUUGAAAAAUUGAAAGAUUUAUUAGAGAAAAUCAAUCAUCAAAAGAGGCUAUUGUUGAAUGAGAUUGAAAAGAGCGAUGAAAUUCCUGGACCUGAUUUAGAAAAAGUAAUGGAUUGCAUUAAGAAAUUGGAGCAAGAGAAAACAGAAUUAAGUUCUGAUAAUAGAAUGGACGAGUCAAAAUUAACGAAAAUUGAUGAGUUAAAUGAACGAGAGCAAAAAAUUCAAGAACGUGAAAAAAGGCUAGAAAACAAUCUUAGAGAAUUAUUUAAGAAGCAACAGAAAAAAGAAACUGUUAAAACAUCAUCAUCUAAUUCAGAACAGACUGUUUCCGAUAAUUCUAUAUCUUCAAGUGAUAAAAAUGCUAAGAAAAUCGUUCAGCCUUCAGUGGAAAUCAUAAUUAAAGUACAGCAGACAAAAUCACCUCAUAAAAAGUCACGCAAAUCAUACAGGUGCAUUGACACAUUAAAUCGCGAACCAGGAAGAAUUUAUCCCAAGACUCCAAUUAAGAAAAAAAAAUCGAUUGAUUCUGACAUUGAAGUAAUCGAAGAUAAUACUCAAAAGCUACCAGAAAAAUCACAACAACAGACACAAACAAGUCCAAUAGUUUUAGAUGCACCUAAACCUAUCCUGAAAAGUUCCCAAUUAAAACAGAUCUCAAUUCCUCCAAAACCAAUGUCAAAUGAAUCCACAAAGCUCUCAAAAGCUUCAUCAGUUCCAAAACAGAAACAAACUGCUGAGUCUGAAGACUUUUCUGUAUCAACAGUUUAUCGAGAACUUCCACAACAAAUUAAUUUAACUACUGAAUCACAAAGAAAAUUGAAUCCAAUGUUGAUGGACUAUAUUACACGAUUGUUGGGAAUGAAUAGGAACAUUGGUAAUCAAUUAAAUAUUGACGUAAGUUCAGUAACAACUCCUGGAAGUUCCACUAUCAAUACGACUGGAAAUAGGUCUUUACAUGAUGAAUUAAGUUUUGAUCAAGAUCGUAUGAGUCGAUUACAGAAAUUUAUAGAUGACAAUCAUAGCUUUAUUAGUGAAAUUAAUGAAAGUUUAGAACGUGUUGAAGUUCAAAAGAAGCAUAAUAAGGACCGAGAAAAGAGUGUUGAAGGAAUUUGGAAAGAAAUUUUAAAUAAGAAGAAGUCACAAACGACAUCAAAUAGUCAGUCAAAAAUAAGCAGUAAUGCACAGAAAUCCAAGCCAAUAGCCCCUAUUAAUGCUAGCAGUAAAAAAAUUAGUCAAGUACAACAGUUACCUCAAAAAGAACUCAAAAAAUCAACGAGAGAAAGUUCACAAGCAUCACUUAAUCCUCAACCAGUUCCUCCUCAACACCCGAGAAUUUCUCAGGAAGACAUGGCUGAUGUCUCUAAAUACUUAGAAUCUCAAAUGUUGACUAAUUAUUCAGAAUAUACUGCAAACUGCCAACGAAGGAUAUCAGAACUAACACAAAUGAUGGAAAAAGUUCGACAGGAGAAAUUGAAAUUAAUAGAAAAUUCAUUGUCAAGUAACGAACUUAAUAACUUUACUGAGUACAAAGACAUUGAACAUAAAACAGCAGCUAAAGAAAAUAAUAAUGGAUCUACAGAGACCAAAGAUUCACCAAGCAAUCGUGACGAUCCUCCAUCAGAGGAAAUAAACAAUAUUUUGCAAUUCCAAACACGCCCUUUUGGUGUCAGUAAAGAUUCAGGAAUUUCUGGCAUUUCACGUCCAGUCACAUCAUCAGAUUUUCGUGAUACACCGCCAGAUCGCGUCACAUCUGAAGACAAUAAUCUAUUUCAACCAAUUCUUAAAGAUAUUCCAAAACUGCCACGAAUGAAAAUCACAACAAGUGACGGCGAAACUCAGACAAUUAGGGACGUUUCAAUAUUAAUUAAGCAGCAACAAGAGGAAAAGAACCAAAAGAAACAAAGACCGCCAUUAAGUUUGAAAAGUCCACAAUUUGAGAAACAACAACACGAGCCUCAUGAAUUAUCAACAAUUGCUGAAAUUGAAACGCCUACGGCAAGUAAAGUUAAUAUCGAAGCAGAAAUCAGUGGAGUUGGUGCUUUACAUUCAUUUCCAAAUUUUGAAGAAUAUGCAAAAAAUAAUGAAAAGAGUACGAGUGAAAAUAAACAGGCGGAGAUCUCAUUUCCGGACAUGAAUGAUUUGAUGAAAGCACUUCCUGAUUUGAAUGUAAAGACUUUUGUUAAUCAGAAUGAUCUCAGUAUUGUUAAUUUCACUAAAGAUGAUGAAAAAGACGUGCCUUCAACUGAUUCAUCUCUUAUGGAUAUUAUGGGGGAACUGAAGCAUAGAAAUUUGAUUGAAUCUACGUUCAAAAUUUAUUAUGAAGAUGAGGAUAGUGACAAUUUGUUGGAAGCAGGAUAUGAAAGGGAUGAUAAAACAACACCGACGACAACACAUCAAUCGACUGAACCAAUUUCACCGAGGAGAAGAAAACCAGCACAAAGUCGAAUAAUUAUUAAAACUCCAGAGAAUACAGGAAAAGCUGAAAUAAUUCAUACACCAAUUAAGGAAAAGCAUCAUGGGCCCCAUAUAUAUGAGGAUAAAAGUAUCAAUUCCAAUGACACAUUAAGCGGUAUAUUAGAAAUUGAAAAGGAUUUCCAAACUCAUGGUAUGGGUUGGGCUGUAUCGACUAUGAAGAGAACAGAAGUGAGCAAGAAGCAAGCAGCAUCAUCAAGUUCUAGUAAUAAUCAAGAUUCCAUUAAAAUCAAUUUUGAAUUUGAUAAUUCAUCGUCAUCAAGUGACGGAAAGCCAUUAAAUCUCCGCGACUUUCUACGUCGUGAAUUGCUGACAAGAAGCAAUAAUGAUCCUUAUUUAUCUGAUGAUUCUUCACUUAGUAGCAAAUUUGUUAAAUCGCUUUUAAAAGCAUCACAUUCGAUAAGUAGUACAAGCAGUAAUGAUCCCAAAAGUGAAUCGUCACAAAAUGCAAAGCUUAGGACGUCCACACCGGUACGAAUGAGUUCAGAGAAUUUAGCAAAGACUGGAGCAAGUUCUCAUGUAUUUAAUGGAGCUGACAGUGUAUCUACAGUUAAGGAUUCUGACAGCAGCAGAGACAAAUCUGACAAAGAUAAAUUGAAUAGCUAAUGAAAUGAAUUUAAGUCCUUGAACAACGAAAUUUAAAAGACGACACGUUAUGUUAGUGAUUAAUUUCUAAUAAAAUUUUUAAGUUAUUUCCUUAUUAUGUAUUUUUGAUUCUUAAAAUAGUAUUUAUGUUUAUUACACUUCUUAUGAUUAU